AUGCCUCCAGUCUCUGACCAACCUCACACGAAUACGACCUCUCCAGCUGACUGGAAAUAUGUAUCGGAAGGCGGCGCAACUAUAGUCUUCUCCUACCGCGGGCCGCUCCAUCCUGUCUUUUCUGGCACCGUUCUCAGGCUGCGCAAGACGAGUCGAAAUCUCAAUGCCGAUGGAGAAUCACACCGCGAAACCGAAUCGGGCCAAUUAGAAGGGGAAGGCGAGGAGCCCGAUGACCAUUCCAUUUUGUUCCAGCGCAGUGUGACGUCCCAGUUGAUCGAACCAAAUGAUCUUCCCCGCUUGGAGAGUGUGCGAGUCGAGCGUUCUUGGCUCGAAGCGCUGAAGGCUGCUACGGAGAAAUCUCGUCCUCCUGGACGACAAUCAAAAGAUGAACUUGAUGUGCGUCGUUGUAAAGCCGUACUCGCUACCGAUCUCGUACGUGGAGAUGGCUGGGCAGUGGAAAUUAAGCCGAAGUGGGGCUUCCUUCCGAACCUCAAGUAUCUUUCGCCGGAAACCCGUGUUGUCAAGUCAACGCACUGUCGUUUCUGCUUGCAUUCCCGGUACAAAGCCAAGAAGGGCGAGAGCGCUUCCCACGGCUAUUGUCCCCUUGAUCUGUAUUCCAAUAAUAGCGAACGAGUGUCGCACGCCCUACGAUGUCUAUGGAAAGCUUGGACAAGAAGCAAUGGGACUGUAAAUAACCUCAAAGUAUUCGCGCGUGGAGAACUAGUUCAUCCGGCUGAAUGUAAACUUCAGCCUGUUUUAUCAGGGCCGUCGAAUACAGUCGGCGAAGCUGCCCUCAUGGAGAGGUUCGUUGGUGCCAUGCUACCGCUCCUUACAGGCACCCCCGUCCUGCAACGCAUCGCGCAAUUACAGCGGGCGUUGGAUGCACUUGAUAUUGAAGGGCUCUUUGCCUUGUAUGUAGCCUACGCCAAGCUUCGCUUUCCCAAAUCUCCCGAAUCUGCGAAGCCGCUUGAAGAUCUAUUUCCGGAUCCUACACUGGACGAUUGGGAGAGGUUUGUUGCGACGUUCCAGACUCAACAGCCCCCAACAGAUCUUGAUCCUGCGUUGUUGCACUAUCAUGCAAUGGGAUAUUUAUUAUCUGCGACGUUCAAGGAUUGCUCCAUCAUGCUUCAUCUCGGACAAGGUCCGGACGUACCAGAUAACAUCACUGUCAUUGAUCUUGACCCGAAGAGCAUGAAACGUUUGAAACGAUGGGCCGAACUUGACCAUGACAUAGCUGUGUCUUUCGUGGAAAGUGGAUUGCAGCCUUGCCAUGACGAACACAUUACUGUUCGGGCCGGUUCCUGA